GACGUAUACAGAAACACAAUUUUUUUUUCAGUGGUAAAAAUUCAACUUGGGUAUGUAAUUUUUCGCAAAAUAAACGAAUUUUUAGUAAAAACUGCCUCGUAUAGUAAAUUAAUAUUCGAUAAUUGCUUCUUCGAAAGAAUACCAUUGAACUUUUCUAUCGUACCCAACUUCUAACCCCAAUUUCCUCAGGUAUUCCGGGGGUGAUCAGCAGCAUUUGAACUCGCAUUGUUUUUCAAAAGACCUGAAAUAUCUACAAAAUGUCUUUCGCCGAAAAGAUCGGUGCUCUCAUGGCAAGGCCCAACGAUGAUCUUGUAAACAAAGAUGAAGUUCCAUGGUGGCUGAAAUAUUCCGCUAGAGGAUUAGGCACAGUUGGCGGAGGCCUUGCUUUGUUUCUCGGUAUAUUCAAUAUUAUCACUAGUUUUCUGACCUUUAGUUGCAUUCUCGCUGGAAUAAUGCAAGCGAUCGUCGCGUUUACAGUUCUUGCCAUAGAGGCUCCUUGCUGUUGUAUGUUCGUAGACUACGUUCAAGAUGCCAGUAAUUAUGUCGAGAAACGCCCGUAUUGGAAUAGAGCAGCUUAUUACAUGCUAGGAGCGUUGAUACCAUUCUUCAUGUGUUUCUCGUUCAGCAUAUUCUUCGGUAGCGGUUUGAUAUUCGCGACUGGUGUUCUGUAUGGAAUGAUGGCUCUGGGCAAAAAGGCUUCAUCGGAGGAAAUGCGAAACAACGCGGCUACCGUUUAUUCCACCAACCAGCAAUUCCCUCCAGCGGCGGCAUCUAAUUCGAAUCUGGUCGAAGGUGCACAACCAGUUAGUUUUUCGAAUCCGUUCGAUAGUCGCGUCUAAGUCUUUAGCUUCUUUUAUUUUUGUUUUUUCAUCGUAAUUCGAAUUCGCAUUUUUUUUUAAAUUUUUGUUUCGAAAUUAUAACUUGUUACUGUGGAUCGGUAAAAUAAUAGUCAUAAUCUAAGAUAUUAAUUUAUCCAGCUUUAUACAAUACUUAUUUAUCAUUGUAUAAUAAUUUAUUUAUAUAAACAAUGUAUUUUUCUAAGGCCUAAUUUUACGUUUGAUAAGUUGCAUUGUUCUCAGAGAACUUGAAGCAAUUUUAAGUAUUUGAAGAGUGAUAUUCCAAAACUCGCUUUGUCCAUUUUCAUCAAAGUUGGGUUUUCAGUGGUAUCUGGUAGAUGAAGUAUCAACUCACAUUCCUACAUCAUCAACCUACCAAAAUGAGGUGUUAAACUCACCUAAACAGCCAAUUCACUAAAAAUUUUUAAAAAAAUAAUGUUCCAAAGCGCGCUUUGUCCAUUUUUAUUGAAAUUUUUUUCAGCAGUAUUUAGUGGAUGAAAUGUAUACCUACACUCCUACAUCAUAAAUCCACCCAAAUAAAGUGCUAAACUCGCCUAAAAAGCCAAUUUACCCGUUUAAAGGGAAACUGUUUUUCCUCUCUCCUGAAAAGUUGUGAAAAUGGACAAAGCGAGUUUUGGAAUAUCACUCUUCAUUUUUAGUACAAUUCUUUACGUUGACGAAUGUAUUAUCGUUGUUAUAUUGUUGUAUUAUUACAAUAUUGUUUUUUUUCCUUUUCCUCUUUCCUUCUCUCCUCGUGUGUGAUUUCUUUAUCUCCCUGGCGGUAAUCAGGUCACGUAUUUAUUAGUUGAAGAUUUUGUUAUACUGCCUAAAUAUAAGGUAAUUAUUAAUUAUACGUACUAAUAGGAGUAUUUUGUUCCGAAUGUUGCAUAAUUAACGGUCAAAAUUUUUCAUAUCAUUGUUAUGUAAUAUUUUUAUAUCAUUCCAGUUACACUUUCAAACGGAUCGGGAGUUUCUACAGCGAUCGUAUCGAUCCUGGUUAAGUUUUAUGUAUUUGUAUUGUUGAUAAGCUUGGGCUUUUCUUUUUUAGUUUUAUAUUUACGAAUUAAAUACAUUGUAGAAAUAGUCGAGCAGCAUUCUCUAUCGCUUAUUAUGUUGUCUCGUAAAUAGAAUAUUUCGAAGAAAAAAAUACGAGUAAUCGAGUAGGCACUCUACCUACUCGAUCAACAUAUUGGCAUAUUUUAGAUAAAAUUCUCUAACAAUGUUCACUUUUAUAUACGUACGAGUUUUGAAAAAAAUUAUACCAUCUAUUCAUGAGUCACAUAAUCGUAUUUAUAUUUUCACCGAUUCCAAAACGAUACUCGUAAUUGCACCUUCUUCUUUAUGGAUUUUUAAUCGCUUUCAAAUUAGUUAAUUAUAUUUAUAUUCGGAAGAGGGAUCUGAUUGCGAGUAGUUUUUAUUUACGAGACGUUCGCUAUGUAUUAAUUAUUGUAAGGCUUAUAAGAGUUUUGAUAACGGUAACCAUUUAUAAAAGUUUAUGGAAUAAGUAAAAGACUGAAAACUUUCCUCUUCAGAAAAUAAAAACCACACGAGCGAAUUUCUUGACGUCAAUUGAGUAGAUAAUGGAAACUGCAUUUAAUUUUAUUUAAAAUGUGUGUAUAGAUUAGUAAAAUCGAGUCACUUACUAAGUUCCUUUACUGUAUUCCAUCACUCUAAUAGAGAGAAUUUUACUACUUAAUUAUUUUUUUCCUUCUUGAAUACGAGCAGCAUUAUGUAAUAAUAUGUAAUAACAGUUAUGGUAGGUACUAGAAUUAUUUUUUAUUUUAUCUAUGAUCGCUCAGUUUUCAUCGCGUAGGUAAUAUAAUUUUGUUAAAUAACCAUCAUUCCAUACGCUAAGAAUAAAAUGCAAUAGUAUUUUA